UGGGUACACGAGUGGCAAGUCGGGAUGGGGUAUUCUGGGUAAGGAGGAAAGGGCGAAUGCCUUGCCAAGACCUGGGUACCGCGCUCACGAUGGUUGAGUUGUACUUGAGGUAGGGAACGAUGGCCCGGAAACUCGAAUUAUGGGACUGCACAUGGGAACCAAGACGAACCGGAAGGGGAGUAGAGAUGUCAAUACCGCCGAGCAAUGAAUGGAAAGGGACCACAUGUGAUUGGCGGGGGKAUGAGAUUGUGUCGGAGCUAUCGUACCUUUGGAUAGAGCGUAUCUGGAAUCCGUUGAGGGAAGAGGAAGAAUGGGAAGAGAUUGCGGAAGGAAGGGUGGAAUCAGUUGGGACGAUUAUUCUCUCGGAACAGGGUUGGCACCUGUUCUGCACGACGCUCGCGGCAGGGCAGAACCCGAUGUGGCUUUUAGGGGACGCUGAGGCAAGGGCUCGGCAGGCGGGGGAAAGUUUUGCUACCAAAGGAUGGGAUACGGUCAGCAGUAGAGUCGUGAUGGGAGGAUGGAAGGAAUUUAAACCGCCCAGCGCCCGAAUCAAGACCUGGGUACCCGAGUUCGUGGCAGACUGGUUUGGGGGUUUUGAUCAUGUAACAGAGGUAGCCGACACGAUGGAGCGAAUACACGUGAAUUGCACAUGGCUGGCAGGGGAAUUCUAUAGGACGUCCUUGAAAUACGGGCCCUUCCACGGCGAUAGAGCCCGGGAGGUCCUUAUCAUUUUGGAUAUCGAAAGGAAUGACCGGCAGGAGGUGGCCCCGGAAACUAGGGAGGCCAUAAUCCGUCGUGAGGAGACUUCUAAGUCGGAAAUGACAAUGAGACGCGCCCAGAUGCCGCGGCGAUCCAUGCACCUGCGACCACCCACGGAAAACGGAGGUGGAUGGGAGGUGUCGCUCCCAGCAGGCUACGCGAUUCAAGGAUUGGAUGCCGAAUGGAGAGCCGUGACCGUGGGAGGAGGACAAGCGUUCAUGAUGAUGGAAUGUUUGUGGGAUGAAGGAACACCGAAAACCAGGGAGAAGCAGAGGGAAAGCAAGGAAGGGGAAGGAGCCAGUGCAGUCGGGGAAGCGGGUGGCCCCGAAGACGGUCUCAAGAAAGUAGUCGCCACCCUCAACAGGACACUGAACAAGAACCAGGGGUAUCUCGCCGAUGCAAAAAAGAAACUCACGUUCGAUGGGGCCAACAUUACGGAGUUUCUAAUAGACUAUGAGAACCUAGCAGCCUUACUGAAAUGGACGGAAGAGGAAAAGAUGGAGCACCUAGGACAGCACGUAUCGCUAAGUUUGGGAAGGGACAUUAUGGCCAUCGCCGCCUCCAGUGGAUCCUGGAAAGAGACCAGGAAUGAGAUGAUGAGGAAAUACCUGAAGGCAGAAAAAAUGGCAACAGAGGCAGAAUUAGCCGCAGUCCAAAGGAAAAACUAUGUGACCUACAACGAUUUCCUGAGGGCGGUUACGUUAGUGGCUCUGCGAAUUCCCGGGGUAACGGACCGCAUAAUGAGUAAAUACUUCCUCAGGCAGUUCUCCGAGUUUGAUAAGGAUAAGAUCUUGUCGGCAUACCAGCACACCAGUAAGUUCGAAUACACAAGAGAUGUGGAUUUCAGCACCGUAACAGACCUGGCGGAAAAGACAGUGGUUACCGAGAUGCUAGCCCUACUUAAGGAAGGGAAGGUCAUAAAUCUGACCGGGAAGACAGGGGAUAAGUUCAAAAAGGGGAUAGAGAGCCUGCACGAACGGGUGCACGGGGUUGAUAGCAAGAUGGACAGAAUGGAAAAUGCACUGUUAGUAAUGCAGGCGCAAGUGUCCAGACCCGCCCUCCCGCCCCAAGAGGCCGUGGUUCCGGCAGCUGUAGCAAACCGGGGGUUUGGCAGGAGGGACCCGGCCAACGAACAAUGCAAGUAUUGCAUCAUGAUCGGGCAUUUUGUACGGGCCUGUCCGAGACUCAAUCAUGAUAUCGAGCGGCAGAGGUGCAGGACUAGCACGGGCCAGCAAGAGACCGAAGUCGGGGAWCAAGAGAAGGUCUAUGGGAAGCCAAGGGAGGACGAACCGGUAGACAAGGCUACGGCGGCAAAAAAGAAGUUCAGGUAUCAAAUUCUGAUCCUGACUUCGCCAGAAAUCGAUGGCACCUUGAGUAAGCUACUGGGUACCAUGGUAUCGGUGUCCUUUCAGACCAUGCUGCAAGCCAGCCCGAGGUUGCUUAAAGGACUCAGGCGGUUGCUAACGCGUAAGCGUGUAGAGGUAGAGGAGGCCCCGGAACUGCAAGAGCAGGACACGGAAGAGGCCGAGGCGCCGCAAGGAGUCUCCAACCUCCAAAGCAUCUUAGGGGGCUUGGGAGAUUUGAAGAAAGCUUUUGCAGAUAUCAACCUAAGCCUACCGGAUUGUGAAGGUGGCGAAGUCAUGAGGGCGCCACCCGGGACAAAGCUUAGCUUUCAUGCAUUACCAGUUGGAAAACUUAGAAUUCAAAUCGGAACUCACCACACUGACGCGUUAGUGGACGGCGGAGCAGAAAUCACCCUCAUACGACGAGAUUUCGCAACGGUUACGGGGUGCACGGUAAACAAGGAAGUAGCAGGGAGUAUCCGGGGAGCCGGUGGCAAAAUUCCUUUCACAGGGUAUGUCACCAAAUGUACAGUCAGGGCAGGAAUCCGGGAAUCCAUCUGGUCCUUUCAGCGGAUGACCGUGAUGGAAGAAAUGGAUCACGACGUAAUCCUCGGAAGACCAUGGUGCACCAGUGUAGAAAUGAUUGGCAUGCACUUGCAUGACGACACGUACAUGGUAGACGUAGAGGAUCCGGUGACUAGUCGUGGGGAACUCCUCCGACUCCUCGGAACUGGAGGGGACCCUCCGAAGGGCAAAUUGGCAACCUGGUCGCCAACAUUCGAAGAAAGUGCACGGAAAGGGGCAUUCGCGCGAAUGGAAGACUUGUACUCAGGAUAUAAUCAGUUGUCGCUCGAUGCGACGGAUAGACCGUACACCGCAAUGCACACCCCUGUAGGGAAGCUGCAGAUGCAAGUGACCCCUAUGGGUUUUACAAAUGCGGUAGCAGAGGCGCAGAGAAGGAUGCCCGCCGUCGCAGGGGAUAUGUUUCCAGAAAAGUGUGAGCCACAUAUAAAUGAUAAUCCCGUAAAAGGCGCAAGGUACAAGGACGAGACAGAGGUCGAACCGGGCGUACAAAAGUUUGUCUGGGACCACCUGCAGGAUAUUAGGGACCUACUCCAGCGAUUCCUCGUUUACAAUAUUACUGCAAGCGGACCCAAGAGCAUCCGGGCCGUUCCGGAAGUUACCAUACUGGGAUUUCGUUGCGGAGCAUAUGGGAGGAGACCCGACCCAGCAAAGACGGAUAAGAUCUCCCAGUGGCCGACACCCCUACGCACCACGAUGGAAGUACGAGCCUUCCUAGGGGUGGUCGGGUUCUGGAGGAUCUUCAUCAAAGGAUUCGCAAAGAUAGCAGAGCCUAUCCGCGCAAUGAUUACCCUGAAAGACAUCCUGUCAUCCGAUCAGGUCACUCUAGCAGCACCCUGUUUCAACGACGAGGUAGUUCAUCUUAGAAACAAACGGGGGACCGCUGGCAGUUGGAGAAGUAUUGAUCCAGAGAAGCGAGGAGGGCAGGGAAAGGUCCAGAGAAGCGAGGAGGGCAGGGAAAGGCUAAUCAGAUUUGAAAGUAGGACCCUGAAUUCGGCAGAACGGCGGUACUCACAGUUCAAGAAGGAGGUCUUAGCGAUUCUGCAUUGUCUUAAGACCUUUCCGGCAUACCUGUUCGGAAGGCGAUUUAUCCUAAGGAUUGAUCCCACCAACGUUGUCGGAGCCCUAAAGAACUACAAACCCAUAGACCCGACUGUUGGCAGGUGGAUAGGCUUCAUAUGGCAAUUCGACUAUAAGGUCGAGCGGAUUGCGGGGCUUCGAAAUAGGGCAGAUGGGUUGAGCAGGGUAUGCAUCACGCCCGAAGGAGUAGAGGACGCGGAACCAAUCAGCGCUUUCCUAGAGUAUGAAGGAGGGACCCUCGUGGUGGAUAAUGAGAUGGCAGAUCCAGCAAUUACAACAGGACCAGGCAAGGAGCAAACAGCAACCGGCAAAAUGGAAUUCGGAAAUGAAAAUGACAACAACGCUAUCAAUAGGCCUACUGAGGGGCAGUCAUCGAGGCAGGCUGGGGAAUCAAGCUCCAGGAAGAGGAAGUUAUAUGUGGGGUUUGACCAUAACCUGGUGCUAAACAGAGGGGGCAGGAAACAAGGAACCAGAGGGCCAUCACCACUGAAGGAAGGAGAGCCAAUAGAGCUGCCGUCAGAGAGUGAUCCUAGCAGCAACGAAGAAGGGAACCCAGAGGAGGGACAACGGCCGAGGGAGAAUGAGCCAGUUGAGUUCAUCGACCUCACCAGCGACGAGGAGGAGGACGAAGUAACAACGCCCACAAGAGAAGAACGGGGAAGAGGGGAGCAGUCGGGAAAGAAAAAGGAUAAAUGGAUAAAAGAGUUCGGGUAUGAGUUCAGGGAUUGGUUCGAUCAAUGGGGCACUAUCUUGCGAUACCAGUGGAUCAUGAAGGCAAGGGAAAAUCUGGGCAGGGGAGAGGAUCUAGCCCCAACAACCUUCUUCACGGAACAGACACUCCUCCAGUUUCAAAGAACAAAGAGGCAAAUGGAGCAGGAAGGGGAGAAUCGCGCAAGGAGAAAGGCUCAACGCAGGCCACCUGGACAUUAGGGGAAUAGCAGGCGCAAUGGGGGGGGGGUAACUAGAAAUUGGGAAGGGUUGGUACCUGGGCAGGGACAACUGCCAUUUUGAAUUUCGCAUUUGAACUCUG